AUGUUGCUCAAAUCGGUGGUGACAUCCGCACUCCUGGCCCUGUCAUUGGGCUCGGAGCUCGUGGAUGCUUCCAAGCAUGGUAAAUUCGGACAAAAGGCACGCGUGCCUCAGGAAAGGGCGAAACGAGCCAUUGAGGCUCGAAGCGAGGAGAAAUCGCACCCGAAGAAAGACUUUCGCUUUCUGAGCAACCAUACAAAACCUUACUUGGUGGACUCCCUACCCGAUGUUCCAUUUGAUCUCGGCGAGAUGUACUCUGGUUUGGUGCCUAUUGAUAAACAUAACGAGUCUCGAGCGCUGUUUUUCAUCUUCCAGCCUACAAUCAACGAGCCUGUUGAUGAAGUCACCAUCUGGCUUAACGGUGGUCCUGGAUGUAGUUCCAUGGAGAGUUUCUUGCAAGAGACUGGUCGAUUCUUGUGGCAGCCGGGCACUUUUGCGCCGGUGGAGAACCCGUAUGCUUGGGUUAACUUGACCAAUGUGCUGUGGGUUGAUCAACCUGUUGGAACGGGAUACUCAAUUGGUACCCCAACCGCCGAUUCCCAAGAGGAGACUGCGCAGGACUUUAUCAAGUUCUUCAAGAAUUUCCAGAAGCUUUUCGGGAUUAAAAACUUCAAGAUCUAUGUCACUGGAGAGAGUUAUGCCGGAAGAUAUGUGCCCUAUAUCUCGGCUGCGAUGCUGGAUGAGAAGGACAAGGAGUACUUUGACCUUGACGGUGCAUUGGCAUACGACCCAUGUAUUGGACAAUUUGACUACGUGCAAGAAGAGAUUCCUGUCGUGCCCUUCGUCCAGGCAAACGCCAACCUAUUCAACUUCAACGAAUCAUUCAUGGCAGAGCUCGAGAAAAAGCACAAGUCCUGCGGAUACGAGGAUUUCAUCGACAAAUACCUCACCUUCCCACCACCCGAAACACAACCCCCCAUGUUUUUCAACUAUACCACAAAUGCCGACUGUGACCUCUUCGACCUCGUCUACUACGAAGUCUUCCACAUCAACCCUUGCUUCGACCUCUAUGAGAUCAACCAAAUGUGCCCCCUCCUCUGGGACGUCCUCGCCUUCCCCACUUCCCUGGUCUACCAAGCAGCAGGAUCAACAGUCUACUUUGACCGCGCAGACGUCAAAGCAGCCCUCCACGCGCCCAACGUCACCUGGGCCGAAUGCUCCGCCGAAGCCGUAUUCGUAGGCGGAAACGCUGGCCCCGAACAAGAAGGCGAUAUUUCCGCAAACCCAAUCGAGCACGUCCUACCGCAGGUCAUCGAAGCCACAAACCGCGUUCUAAUUGGUAACGGCGACUUCGAUAUGGUCAUCAUCACCAACGGCACGCUCAUGGCUAUCCAGAACAUGACCUGGAACGGUCAUCUUGGUUUCCAGGAGAAGCCGUCUACGCCUAUUGACAUCAAGAUCCCGGAUUUGCUGUAUGCUGAUGUCUUUGCUGAAAAUGGUGCUUCGGAUCUAGAUGGGCCUCAAGGUAUCAUUGGUGUUCAACACUAUGAGCGUGGUCUUAUGUGGGUUGAGACUUAUCAGUCUGGUCAUAUGCAGCCGCAGUACCAGCCCCGUGCGGCUUAUCGACACCUUGAGUGGCUGCUUAGACGUACUGAUGAGAUCUAA